AUGUUUAUACCGGCCCUAGGGUUUCGCUUCGCCCCCAAAGAAGAUGAAAUCCUCCAUUACCUAAGAAGUCACGGUAAAGUGACGGGAGAGAGCUUGCCUGAGGGUAUAAUAUUGGAUAUUGAUUUUUACAUGAAUGCCCCAUGGGACAUAUUCAGAAAAGAAUUUGAAGAUCAAUGGCGGCAUACGAGUAGCAACGAAUUCGUGAUCUACGUCUUCACUAAGUUGAAGAAAAUUGGCAAUAAGAAGAGAGUUGUAAGGAGAGCCGGGUGUGGGACUUGGGAUGGCAAAACCAAGACUCAUGAAAUUUAUAAUGGACAGAAACAACUUAUUGGUUUCAAAAGGAUGUUGGAUUUUGAAGCAAAUGUGAAGAACGAUGAGUACUCCAUCAUGCCAUGA